UUUCAAUUUGGAAUCUUAACUGAAUCACAUUUAGUACUUGUGGAAAAUUGAUUUUUGUUUCAUCAUGUUUCAACAAUGUCAUACUAAUGGUACACAACGCUAAUGCCUGUUCCAUAUAGACUUUUAAAGUAAAGUAAGAUGUCUCUAGAUAAACAAUACUUGACUUAAAUAUUUUCAUUUACUAAAUAAUUAUGCUCAUAUAACCCUUCAAAGUGUACAAUUUGCUGUUGAUUUUCUUUUUGCAGUUUUAGUGUCAAGGUCGAUGCUUUCAGGCUGCUCCUUAGAAAUAUGUGUUGCCCUUUCCUUCUGUCUGUGUCUGGUUGAUAGAGAUGCUUUUGUUUUGUUGGUACACGGGAUGCCUUUUGUACUUAUGGGGACAGAAGGGGGCAGUGUGAACACAACAACCUUAGAAACACAUAAUUGACUGCAGCAUGGUCCAUUCUAGUACCUUCACAUGGCCCUAGCAUUUCAUCCCCAGUGAAGGAUUAUUAUUAAUCUCUCAACUGGAAUAAAAUAAUUAAAAUUUUUAUAGUUUUCUGAAUGCAAAAAAAGUUAUUUAUCUGCUCUUUUUACUUAAAUAUGCUGUAUGAUAAUUGUAGUCACAAAAAUGCAAGCAUGAUGGCUCUAACCUCAUAUCAGCUACUCGCAAAGCCAUGAUGCCACUAGAUCUCUAAAAGCACCUUGAAAAGAAAAAUGUUCAGUCGUCUCAUAUUCCUUACUGACUAUAUGGUAAUAUGUCAAAUGAAAGUGCCUCCCCAACACAUUUAUCUACUCUCUUUGCAUCUAAUCAAUCCCCUAAAUAAAUGAAAGUGAGCCACAACUAGAUGUCAUCACAUUUAUCUGCAGGCGUGCCUCACAGUGCACACACCUUAAUGCUGUUACUCUAAAAGAGGGUGGACUGUGGAAAUACUGAUGGGGCUAUUUGACAGCUCAGAUGUAUUUUCUUCUACAUGUUUAUUACAUUAUGAUGAGGAUGGCACAAGCCUCACUGUGUUGUUGUAUUCUGUGAGACAUCAAAGCUGGUUUAGAUGAUUUUGUGUGGUUUGGUAUUAAGGCUUGUUUUGCAAGCGACAUGUUGGGAAAAUCUGAUUUACAGGCAGCAUGAUUCUCAAUUUCAGCCUGGCGCCACCAUGCAGACGAUGGGCCCGUUUCGUUUGGAUUCACCCCGGUGAUCGCUUCUGAUCGUUGACGUGAAGCCAAGUGAAUCAGAGCAACGUUCUGUCUUCUCCAGCUAACCCAAACUUCUGUUUUGAGAUCCUUUAAAAACCAGGAAAUACGGAGGUGUCCAGUCAAACCGUCCUGUCUUUGUUCAUGAGCAAGUGGAGAGUUGAGCCAUGGAGCUGAUGGAGUCAAGGAAAGAAUGAAUAACUAUCAGUCCUGCUACAGCGGCUUCAGCGUCCCUAGGUGACCGCGCCACUGAGCCCGUGCUCGCUCCAUCGCACCCCACUCCACGCCUGCUGCCACCCUGAAGGUAGAUGCAUCACGCUGGGGAGACUGCGCAACAGCAGCCCCCUCUCCCACCAGCCCUCCAAACCUCCUCCACGGCACAGUGGCCUCCUGCGGCCCCUACAUAUCUAUGGGUCUCCACUGCAGCCCCGGUCCCACCAGUCCAGACUCUCCCUCAGGUGGCGUUCACAGUCAGGAAGUCAUGUCCAGAUCGGGUGAUAGAACAUCCACCUUUGACCCAACACACAGUGACACCCUGCUGCACGGGCUCAAUCUGUUAUGGAGAAAACAGCUUUUCUGUGAUGUGACUCUCACUGCCCAGGGACAGCAGUUCCACUGCCACAAAGCUGUGCUGGCAUCCUGCUCCCAGUAUUUCAGAUCUCUCUUCUCUUCUCACAAUGUCAUCAACAAUGAGGGGAGCAAAGGGGACCAGGGCAGCAGUGGGACCCCCUCAUCCUCUCCUGAUGACAAGCUGGUGACCCCCAGUGCCAGGCCCAUCAAUAACCUGGUACUCCAGGGCUGCUCCUCCAUUGGACUACGAUUAGUGCUGGAGUACCUGUAUACUGCCAACGUGACUCUUUCCCUGGACACAGUGGAAGAGGUGCUGUCAGUCAGCAAAAUCCUCAACAUCCCCCAGAUUACCAAGCUCAGCGUGCAGUUCCUCAACGACCAGAUCUCAGUGCAGAACUACAAGCAGAUCUGCAAGAUUGCCGCACUCCAUGGACUGGAUGAGACCAAGAAGCUGGCCAACAAGUACCUGGUGGAGGAUGUGCUGCUGCUGAACUUUGAGGAGAUGUGCGCCAUGCUAGAUGCUCUGCCACCUCCGGUGGAGUCAGAGCUGGCUCUGUUCCAGAUGUCAGUCCUCUGGCUGGAGCAUGACCGGGAGACUCGCAUGCACUAUGCGCCGGACCUUAUGAAGAGGCUGCGCUUCGCCCUCAUACCUGCUCCAGAGCUGGUGGAGAGGGUGCAGUCUGUUGACUUCAUGAGGAGUGACCCCGUGUGCCAGAAACUACUCCUGGAUGCCAUGAACUACCACCUAAUGCCCUUCAGGCAGCACUGCAGGCAGACCGUGGCCAGCAGAAUCCGUUCCAAUAAGAGAAUGCUGCUACUGGUGGGUGGGUUGCCUCCUGGACCUGAUCGUCUCCCCAGCAAUUUGGUCCAGUACUAUGACGACGAGAAAAAGACAUGGAAGAUCCUCACAAUAAUGCCUUACAACAGUGCCCAUCACUGCGUGGUGGAGGUGGAGAACUUCCUGCUGCUGCUGGGCGGAGAGGACCAGUGGAACCCCAACGGAAAGCACAGCACUAAUUUUGUCAGCCGCUACGAUCCCAGAUUCAACAGUUGGAUACAGUUGCCUCCAAUGCAGGAGAGGAGAGCCAGUUUCUUUGCCUGCCGCCUGGAUAAGCACCUGUAUGUGAUUGGUGGUAGGAACGAGAGUGGCUACCUCUCCAGCGUGGAGUCCUACAACCUGGAGACCAAUGAGUGGAACUACGUGUCCUCUCUGCCGCAGCCUCUGGCUGCCCAUGCAGGAGCAGUGCACAACGGCAAGAUCUACAUAUCAGGAGGAGUUCACAAUGGAGAGUACGUGUCCUGGCUCUACUGUUACGACCCUAUAAUGGAUGUGUGGGCUCGGAAACAGGAUAUGAACACAAAGCGUGCCAUUCAUGCCCUAGCUGGAAUGAACGACCGCCUAUAUGCUAUUGGUGGAAACCAUUUGAAAGGUUUCUCCCAUCUAGACGUCAUGUUGGUGGAGUGUUACGACCCAAAAGCUGACCAGUGGAACAUCCUGCAGACGCCUAUCCUUGAGGGUCGCAGCGGCCCAGGCUGUGCUAUUCUGGAUGACAGCAUCUUUCUUGUGGGAGGCUACAGCUGGAGCAUGGGGGCCUAUAAGUCUUCUACCAUCUGCUACAGCCCAGAGAAGGGAACAUGGACAGAGUUGGAGGGAGAGGUGGCAGAGCCUUUAGCGGGCCCAGCCUGUUCCAACGUCAUACUGCCUGUCUGCCUUCCUUUUAACAAAUGACAACUACUGGCGAAUGAGGGCGAGAAGCAGCAGAGUGAAUGGGGGGAGGACGAUUGAUAAGCAAAACAGUCGUCCACAAUUUUGUGACAAACCCUCCGGUCAGACGACGGGGGUGUGUAUAAAUUAUUUUUUUACAGGUUUGACCAGAGCACUUUCGUUAUUCCCUGCUGAAGGUUUGACAAAAAAAAAAAGAAGAAGAAGGAGAGGAAUUGUGUAACUCAUGUAUUUAAACUCAUCUGUGUUCUGAGAAAUGGUCGGUUUCAUGUUUGAUUUAAUUUAAACUGAUAGUAAGUGUUUUUGGCUUCUCUUCUAUAGCACGCAUAGUGUUGAACUGAAUUAUAGCUUUCAAAUCCAUUGUAUCUUGUAUUCAGUAGAGGCAUAAUUCCAGCAAAAUGCAGUGUUGUUUCAUGGACUGAAAAAGGUGAUCAGUCCCAAACUCAAGUUAAACUAGGGCUGGGUGAUGAUCAAAGUGUAUAAAUAUUCUUCAUGGCUCACAUUAUAACUCAUUUCUCUCUGGGUGGAUUGUGCACUUAUCCCGCAGCAUCACCUGGAUGGAUCAUAGCGCAGCUGUUCUGUUGUCUCUCUCUAAAAAUGAACAUAUCUUUGUGUCGUUUCAGAAACAUUCCCUUGCUGCGGUUGUCAUUAUUAAGCUCACAUUGUAACUAAAACCAGAAUACUGUAAAAAGAAAAGACGCAGUUACACACCAGUCUUUGAGGGUGUGUUCAUAUCACCCAGCCCUAAUUUUGAACUGAUUAUCUUGAUAAUAAUUUACAUCCAGACUGAAGUCGUGUUUCUGUAUAACUUGAUGAACAGAGAGUUCCUCACGGGUUACCUGCUCGCCACACGUUUGUGGCCACUGCUCUUCAUGAUGCAAGCAAAACAAAUCAAGGUUUGCUGUUUAUUCUGACGCACUAAUGUUCACAUUAAUAAUACAGUGAUGGUACAAUCAAAUUGUAAUUGCUAGCCGAUGUAUUUAUUGGUGGCGUGUUAACAGAUGAGAGGACGCGCGUUUGGUUUGUCCUCCUUCCCAAGUUGAUGCCAACAGGCCCGUUUAUGAGGCUGCGUAGCAUUACCUCGAUUUUAAUCUUUAAUGUAUUGAAAACAAACGAGCAUACAGUGGCCCUGAAUGCACUAAUAGUGGACUUUUAAUACAGCACUUUUAAUUCACUGACAUGUAAAUUGAUUAAUGUGCUAAAUAUCUUCAAUGCAAAUGAAUCUGAGUCCAGUCUAGUAUACGUUAUUAGGUAAAAAAAAAAAAUUGACU